AUGUCGUCCAUGUUGAAGCCGAGCGUAAACGAAGGAAAGGAACGAGUAACAGUCGACGAGCAUGGCCUCAUUGAUUUGCCUGAAAUAAUCGACUACGUCCUCGAAGAGACUGCACAGGAGGAUCUACUUUACGUUGGGAUAUCACAAGGAGUCUCUGCGUUCCUCAUCAUGGCGUCCUCGCUCCCACAAUACAACCAAAAGGAGGUACUCUACACAGCGGGUGUGCGAGAAGCGCUUGCAAAAAACACUCCAUCAGACAAGUUCAUGGCGAUGGCGUGUCAGCAACCUGCUAGUGCUCUCUGCCAAUAUUUCGAGGAAGUAGCACUGAAUUUUGAGAGCAAAUAUGUGAACAAGAAACCAGUCGUCCUGUACGACGUGUCAAACAUCACAGUCCCCAUACGGUCAAUCUACUCCACCGGAGACCAAGUCGUUCCUCCGCCAGAUGUGAAGAUCUUAUUGGACGACCUCGGUGUCGAACCAGGAGAGAGGUUCCUGAUCAAGGACUCCGAGUUCGGCCACUUCAAUUUCAGAACAGCAGCAUUUAUCAUAAAAAAAUACGUUCUUGAUCGCGUGUUGAGCUUUUUCCAGAAAUACAAAUAG